ACAAGAAGCGCUGCCAGGGCCGGAUGAGGAAACAUGUCGGAGACUUGUGUCUGCAGGCCGGCAUGCUGCAGGACGCUCUGGUCCACUAUCACAUGGCUGUGGAGCUCCUCAGGGCAGUCAACGACUUCCUCUGGCUCGGUGCUGCGUUAGAAGGCUUGUGUUCAGCUUCUGUCAUUUUCCAUUAUCCUGGAGGAACAGCAGGGAAGAUGGUCGGACGUAAACCAAGUAUUUCCCAGGCAGUAGAUGCAGGCAAACGCCACCGACCAGGAGCUCAGGAGGUUCUCAUUGACCCAGGAGCCCUCACAACCAACGGCAUCAGUGCAGACACUAGCUCUGAGAUUGGACGAGCCAAGAACUGCCUGAGUUCAGAGGAUAUCAUUGAGAAAUACAAAGAGGCUAUCUCCUGCUAUGGAAAGUAUAAGAACGCCGGCGUGAUCGAGCUGGAGGCCUGCGUUAAAGCUGUCAGAGUGCUGGCCAUCCAGAAAAGAGCCAGAGAGGCCUCUGAGUUCCUGCAGAAUGCUGUUUACAUCAACCUGGGGCAGGUAUGCUGGCUCACAAGGAAACCACAGCUGAUUUAGCUAAACUGAAAGAUGAUCACUGCCUCUGUUGAGUCCAGUUCACUUACAGGU